CUGCAAGCCGUCGCGUCAGCCUACGGCCUCCAGCUGUAACAAGUCAGCUUGGCUGAUGAAACCAUCCCAAGUUGCUCUCGACCUCGGACCACCCUUCGACGACGACCCCCGCUCGUCGGACGACUUUGAGGAGAUCCCCCACCCUGCUUCACAGAACGCCUACUGGUCUCAGCCGUCCACAACACGCGCCCGUGACGAGGAGCUCCCGCUGCACUACAUGUCGGAGGAGAAGGCCCGCAGACGGGUCACCCGCGGCCCUGGUGGCAACGGCGGCGGCGGCUUCGCCGGCCAGGUGUCUGACAAGAGCCUUGACUACGACGCAUACGACGACGAGGGCAAGGAUGUCUAUUCCAAAAUGAAGGCCUCCAACCUGGGGCCCAUCAGCAGCGGUCGUCCUCGUCGGCCGCCCCCGCCGCCCCCCACUACCAUCCGCGAGUUCUUCGUACAGAACCUGGAGCAUGUCCCGCCGAUCAUUUACACGCUGCUCUCGUGCUGGACCCGGUUCCACAAGAUCGGUAAGGCGGACGUAGUUGUGUGGGACGAGGCACACUUUGGCAAGUUCGGCUCGUACUACCUCAAGCGCGAGUUCUACUUCGACGUGCACCCGCCGCUGGGCAAGAUGCUCGUCGGCCUCGCCGGUCUGCUGGCAGGCUACGACGGCUCCUUCGACUUCGCGAGCGGCUCGACAUACCCCGACACCGUCCCGUACGUCGCCAUGCGGGUCAUGCUCGCUACGUUCGGUGUCGCGAUGGUACCGCUGGGGUGGUACACCGCGGUCGAGCUGGGCAUGAGCCAGAUGGCCUGUCACUUGGUUGCGCUCAUGGUGCUGUGUGACGUCGCGUGGUUGUGCAUCUCCCGUUUCAUUCUUUUGGACUCUAUGCUCCUCUUCUUCACGUUCACUACCGUAUUCUGCAUGGCCAAGUUCCAUAACCAACAAUAUCGAUCCUUCACCUUUGACUGGUGGCUGUGGUUAGCGAUGACAGGAUGGUCCAUUGGCUGCGUCUGCAGCGUCAAAUGGGUCGGUUUCUUCGUCACGUCACUGGUCGGUGCCUACACCAUCGAGGACCUUUGGGAGAAGUUCGGCGACCUUAAGAUGUCUCUGCGGGAUCAAGUACGGCACUGGGCAGCCCGCAUCGCAUGCCUCAUUGUGCUGCCUUGCUUGAUCUACAUGGCGUCAUUCAAGAUGCACUUCCUCAUCCUGAAUCACUCCGGCCCCGGUGACGCUCAGAUGAGCUCGCUCUUCCAGGCGAACCUCGUCGGCAACACUUUCCAUGAGAACCCACUGGAUGUUGCAAUCGGUUCAAAGGUCACUCUGAAGAACAUGGGCUGGGGUGGAGGUCUUCUCCACUCGCACGUCCAGACGUACCCUGUCGGCUCCGAGCAACAGCAGGUCACCUGCUACCACUACAAGGACGAGAACAACGACUGGGUGCUCCUCCCGCCCUGGGACCAGGCCCCGUACUCCCCAGAGACGCCCCUUCGCUACCUCAAGGACGGCGAUGUUAUCCGCCUUCAGCACGCCUCUACGACGCGCAACCUGCACUCGCACCCCAUCCCCGCCCCGGUCUCGAAGCUGAACAACGAGGUUUCGUGCUACGGCAACGCGACGGUCGGCGACUACCAGGACUACUGGGUUGUGGAGGUCGUGGACGACAUCCACCGUGGACACAAGGCGAAGUUCGAGACCAUUCACUCGCUGACAACCCGUCUCCGCUUCAAGCAUCACGCGUCAGGCUGCUACCUCCGGGCCGCGAACGCCAUCCUUCCCCAGUGGGGCUUCAAGCAGAUUGAAGUCAGCUGUGAGAAGGAGAACGACCCGAAGGAUGUGCACACCUACUGGAACGUCGAGAGCCACUGGAACGACCGCAUGCCCGCUGGCGAUGUGCGCUUCUACAAGUCGCCAUUCCUGCGCGACUUCUGGCACCUCAACGUCGCGAUGGCCACCUCCAACAACGCGCUUGUCCCCGACCCGGACAAGGAGGAUAUCCUCGCCUCGAAGCCCACCGAGUGGCCGUUCCUCCACGUCGGUCUCCGCAUGUGCGGUUGGGGCGACCAGCAGACGAAGUACUAUCUCGUCGGCACACCCGUCAUCUGGUGGGGUGGCACCAUCAGCUUGAUCCUCGGCGGUGCUGCGGUGCUGGUGUACUUCAUGCGCCAGCAGCGCAAGUUCAUUGACAUGGACCCGAGGGAAUGGGAGCACUUCUUGUACGUGGGCAAGGUGGCUGCCGUCGGCUGGCUGCUGCACUAUGCGCCGUUCAUGAUCAUGGGCCGUGUCACCUACAUCCACCACUACCUCCCGACCCUGUACUUCUCGGUGCUCAUGUUCUCGCACCUCACGGACCACUUCAUCUUCACCUCCCGCCGUCUCUCCGACCGCACAAAACAGAUCGUCUUCGGCGUCAUCUCCUUCAUCAUCGUCGCCACCUUCUGGUGGUUCCGCGGCGUCGCGUGGGGCAUCGAUGGGCCCAUCAACGAGCACUGGGGCCUCAAAUGGCGCUCCAACUGGAACCUAUAUAAUGAGUAAUUAUCGUAUACGCAGCCCUGCACUGGAACCGGUCUCUAUAGUCUUGUCUCGCAAUGGACGGUGUGAGAUAUGUAUUCCCCGAUCCCUUUUCCGCGGAAAAGGAUAUAUCUAUAAUGAGUUCCCUGGACAUGCGGAUACGUAGUGUGGAUCCUGCCUGACGUCGAUGCCAUCAGGCGUAAGUUGCGUGUCCCUGCGAGCUCAAACGUGGGCUAGGGUAAAUCCGAGAAUGUAUCACAACAGAAGUACUAGUACUGGCACAGUAACAUAAGAGCGGCUGCAGCAAUACCGACGACGAACGAAGUAGCUAACUAAUUUGUCCUUGUGGGUCCCCACGCGCUCACCCUACGGUAAAACAGCAGAUACGCGUGCCGGUCGUCGCGCUCGAAUCCGCCGAAGACGUCCUCUGGACGCACGUCCGAAACCAGCUCGUCGUCGAUGCGAAUCCAUGCCGGCCGUGGUCGCUCGGACAAUUCACGGUUCGGGUGUAGGACAUCGAGAGUGUAAUGUCCGCCGGAUGCGGAAGGCCCAUGAUGGUACAGAACUCCGAACAACUGGUACUUGACGGGCUGCGCUGUCCUCUUCGGCGGCGCGAUGAGAUCGGGGCUGAUCUCAAGCUCGGGAGAAAACGACACCUGCUUGCCAAGCUUGACCACAUCGCGAACAUUUGUGUCAUACAAGAAGCGCUUCAUGUGCAGGAUGAGCACAGGGGGUAGCGCCUCGAUGAGCACCUGCUGCGUCGCGUCCAGAAUCGCUCCCGGUCGCGUUGGGAUAGAGAUCUGGACAGGCUGCGGCUGCGAGAUAUGCUGGAGCGCAUCCCGGAGCGACUUGACGUUCUCGGGCUGUAUGUCCAGCUGGAGCGAUCGCCAGUCCUCGAUCGUGACAGAGUCGCGCUGGUGCGGCGUGCGCAGGGUCGAGCGGAACUUGCCACCAAAUAUGCGCGUCACCGGCGAGUCCGUUGAUUUUGCAGUUCGGGUCGUGACCAGCUUGUUUUUCUUGCCCACUUCCAUCCACUCGCCGUCAGGCAGUUGCGGCUCCUCGGGGGCCUUGGCAGGCUCUUUGGGCGACAAAGACUGGGAGAUAGACAAAAGUUCUUCCUCUAGGGUGUCCAAGAAGAACCCGAGGAACUCCUCCGCAUCCUCCUGAUGCCCGCCGAUCAUGUUCGCGAACCGCUUCUUCUCCUUCAUCGCAUCGUACACAUACGUCGGGAUGAAGCUGUCCAGCUCGUCGAAGAUAUCUUCCUCACGCUCCUUGCCCUUCGACCUCGAGUCCGCAUUGGGGGAAGGCGGGUCUGGGACGAAUUCUUUCAAGAACUGGAUGGUAGCGUCGACCAGAGGCGUCGCCUUCGAGCCUUCACGCUGCGAACCUACAACGGGGCCAGCCAGGUGCUUCCGUAAUUCCGAGAAGAAGCGAUGGAAGGGCGGGCAGUAGACGAGGAUUUGCAGGACGGCGUUCGCGAAGCACAUGUUGCCCGUGUUGACGAGGCCACGAGGACGAAUUUUCAUGGCAGCCGCGACAUUGGCCGAAGAACCGGAUGGACCGUUGUUAAUCAGAUGUAAGAGCUCGUUGCGGUUCGCGGUAGCGACGGAGAUGCCUGGUGCCGAAGGAGUACUGCCACCCGAAGCAGCGGGGAUCGAGAACCCGACGACGUUCGACACAGGGAGGCGCGGCUUUGACGACGAAGCUGUAGAGUCACCUGAAUGCAGAAGGGAGGCCCAUGACUUCUUCGGUCCAGGAACGGGCUUCGCAGGAGCGGCUGGGGCGGACGAAGACGCUGCAGGAGCGAUAGUCGCUUCGCUAGUAGGCUGAGGCGUCGAAGUUUCCGCAGCGGUGGUAGGCUCCGUAACGGCGGCAUUCAUGACUGGGAGCUCUGCCUUAGCCUCGACACGCGGGGAUACGGGAGACUUAGGCGCCUGACUCGCAGAAGGGGAACCAACGGCCACUGAGAUCGAUGUCGCACACGAGUACGGGGAGCCAGGUACAGGGGUGUCUGCCGUGGUGGAGCCUGCCGGAGUCGUCUCAGUAGUGGACACCGAGAGAGCUGUUGUAGAAUCCGAUGAAGCAUCCGUAAUCUCAGCGGUCGGGACCGAGGGCUGAGGGAGUGUGACUCGUCGGGGCUUCGGAGAAGCUGCGGGAGACGGGAGCUCGAGGGCCUUCUGCGCGACAUCCUGGGGCGGAUAAGCGUGAGUGGAAAUUAUGACGCCGGGUGCACGGCCAGGAUCUCCAGGACGCCGAGACCAGACAACAUAGGACGACACAAAGGUGGAGGACGGUGUGGGACCGGGAGACGGACUCCUCGGAGUCGCGGGCCUUGAUACCCUAUCCUCUACCUCUUCCAGUGUCUCUGCCGCGACCUCGGGUUCUGGAGACACUGCCUGAGGCUCGGACUCCACGGCGUCGGGUAAGGGCACCGCUAGGGUCUCCUCUGGCUGCUCCUGGACAACAGGCCCCUCGAAUUGAGGCGCCUCGAACUGAACCGGGUCGGAUACCGGAGGUUCUGGUUGUGGCAAUUCUGGCGGGGGUUGAGCUACUUGUAAGAAGCGGGGUACAAAUGGCGCGACAGAAGGGGAGGCAAUCCGAGGACCGCGAGCUUCGACAACUUGCAACGGCACCGGCUGCAUGUGCUGGGGGAUCUCAGGCGACAUAUGCGUCUGGGACAUAACCGGAGGCUGAUGUUGCAGCGGAUGUUGUUGAUGUGGUAGUUGCGAUAUGUGCAUUUGCGGGACGUGCUCGGGCGAAACCAUUGGAGGCAGCAUAGACAUCUGCUUUGGCAGCGGCGAGAGUGUUUGACCUGGCCACGUGGGCGGAUAGGGUCCGUUGGCCUGAGGAUGAUGGUAGGGAGAACCAUAAGGUACCUGAUGCGGAUGGGG